GCUACUUGAGGUCCGUGAGCUUUCUGUCAGAUAACCUCAUCAAGAACAGCUGAUUGGUGAUUGGAAUGGGCACUCAUACAACGAAAUGAAUCUAAAGCUAUUUUCUUGAAUGAAAAGUUACACGAAAAUUUGAAAUGGAAGGUCCACCACUCUCCCUCACUAGCAGAGAGGCACUUCAUAUAUUAUACAGAGAAAUUGAAUCUCUUCUUCAGCAGUUCAAACAUUCUCAAAAGAAAAGAAAUUCCAAGUCAUGGAUCAGGGAUAGUAUACAUCAUUCGAGUCAUCACACAACUAUAAAUUGGAUUUCUAUUUCGUUACUGCUUUGGUGUGCGUUAAGUCUCAUAUUAGCAUAUUUUCUUGGAGAUUAUUCAAAGCUGUAUUUGGUGCAAUCUGUAUUGAUACUUUUUUUCACAACAUUGAGUAUUUCUUUGGAAUUGUAUGACAAUCAUUUAAGACAUAAUGAAAUUCCAAGGAGAGUUGAACAUGUAUUAAAAAUAAUCAAAAAAGAAGCUGAAAAUGUGAAAUGGCAGCCAGAGAAUUAUCCCUCUUUAUUUAUGCCAACAUCUCCAUGCAUAACCAUGCAAUGGACUUUUAGGGAUGGGAAAUUGGUUAAUUUACCUUAUUCAUUACUAGUGAAAGAUGAUGUAAUUUUAGUAAAACCAGGGCAAAUUAGUCCGGGUUAUUGUGAAUGUCUAGAGAAACACUCUGACCAACCAUUAUUACACGCAAAGGAAGUAUAUGCACCUCAGGGAAAAGAUGGUAACUUGAUCUCAUCACCAACAAUACGUAAACCACUGAAAAGUGCCAAAUAUAAACUUUUGGAAACACCUUACUUGAGUAACUUGAAGAUUAUGUUGGAACAAGCAUUGGAUCGGCCUAGUACUCAACUUACACGUCAACAGCAUAUUUUGCUUGUUGAAAUGGUACAAAGAAUUAUAUUGCCUAUUGCGAUUAUCAUUUUUUAUGCUUUAUCUGCAUUGAAAUAUCUUCAUUUGAAGUUUGACAAUGAUGUAGCAUUAUUUUUGUUGUAUCCCACAAAUGGAAUACUUCCUUUAUUGCCAAUUAUUUUCCCUAUAGUGUGGAAUUUGGCCAACUAUAUUGGACUUGCUAGGUUGCAGGCCAUAUUUUUUGCCAGUAAAAUUGUACAAGGACAGGAAAGCUUCAGUUUGGAGGAAGAAGCUGAUCAAACAAUUGUAGAGCACAUAAGAUUCAGGUAUAAAUGGAUGUCUAUUAUUACGAACUUUUUUGCUAUACUCUGGGGUGACCCUGAAAUCAUGGCCAGAUCUGCAAAUAUUCUUCAUGUUUUGGGUUCAGUUUCAGCCUUAGGUUGUGUAGAUAAAAAGGGUGUUUUAUCUUCACCAAACCCAACAGCUGAAAAGGUGUUCUUUCUUCACAACAGAGAUAAGACAUCUUCUUCCUCUAGCUUGAAUAUUGAAGAUCUCGACUCCGACAGUAUCGAUGGCAAUCCUUCUAAAACUCCAAGCGGUAAGGUUGAAGUCCUUGAUCUGACCCAUGAUCAUCACGAUCCUUUCAAACUACAAUUUGAUGAUCCAAAAUGGAAUGUGCACAUGUCCUCCUUGAAACCUCUCGGACUGGCAAUUCUUCUCAACACAUGUAACCCAGCAACUGAGAAACAAUAUUCGAACUUCUGCUCUCAUAUAACGUGUGAAGCCCAGAUAAAUGAAAAUUUGGUACCUGUUUCCAACAGGCGAUGUCUAUGUGAACUAGCUAAAAUAAUUGGAUUUGUGGACGAAGCAAGAAAAAUAUUCAAUAUGGAGCAGAAGCUGUGCACAUUCAGACAUCUACAACCUGAAACUGUUAGGCGAGACAACAAGUACGCCAGAUCACUGCAGAUGUCGAAUUCGAAAUUGAAAGUUCCCUUUCCUCAUAUGUUCGCCGUAGUUGUUCGAGAAAUUAGUACUAAUGCAAUGCAGCUACUCUCUGAGGGAACAGCAGAUAUAUUGCUUGACGCUUGUGUGGACUAUUGGGAUGGCAAAGAUCUGCGCCCCCUUACGGUCAGCGAUAGAAAGAGAAUCCAAGAUUUCUAUCAGCGCACGAGUCUCACAUCUUAUUGUACUGCUUUUUCCUACAGGCCGCUUAAUAGGGCACCAGCGCCUACUUUGGCAUCUACCUACCUUGAACUGCCGAGCGACUCCAAACACCUCUACUUGGGUCAGAGAAGUCCCUCGCCGAUUCAAAAUAAUGGACAUACUGAACUGGGGGCACCCCUCUCACUUUUUUACUCAACAGACUCCUUGAUUUACGGUUGCGCAUUUGAGGCGGAAGAAGUAGAUGCUAACGGUUGCUUCCAGAUGCAGUGCAACCAGAUUUUCAUAGGCAUGGUGAGCAUGCAAUAUCAGGUACUCACCGAUAUGGUCCAUCUGAUAGAGCAGCUGGAACGGGCCUGCAUCAGAUUCGUGCAUUUCAGCAAGGAGAACGAGUUGAGAUCUAGGGUGUUCAGCGAAAAGAUGGGUUUGGAAAGCGGUUGGAACUGUCACAUUUCGUUGUUGAGCGAAAGGACAAGGGGGGAUAAUGCUAAAAGUAACAGCAUGGUAAAUGUCCCAAUAACACGUGAAGAAACCUCUUCUGCAGUACCAUCAGGGGAAAACGCUUCCGUUGUGCAGCAAAGCAACCUCGAAAAUUCGAAAGCGAUAAGUUUUUCGGCACCCUCGGCCAUCAACAUCGAUCAGACCGUUAAAUUCGAACGCGAAGUGACCAGCAGGCGUUCUAGCAAUCAGAACUCGAUUAACGAUAGCAAGAACGCCCAGCAGCAAGACUCUUCGGCACUCUUCAGCAGCAUCAACACCUCGCACGAUUGGCAGUCCAUGAGUUGUUUGACAGAUAGUACAGACCGUACAGCACCGGUUAACUUUGACAUGAGUAAUAGGGCUAAACUACCAAGAGGUAUAGACAAGAUCAGACCUCACAUAGAGUUGAUAGACAAUGUACCAUUGCUGGUAUCUUUGUUUACUGAUUGCACUCCAUCAGCGACUAGGGAAAUGUUGCACAUUAUGCAGGAUUAUGGGGAGAUUGUUUGUAUCAUGGGGUCAGUCUCCAACUGCGAGAAUACUGGGAUAUUUAUGCAAGCCGAUGCUAAUGUUGCAGUAGAACCAAUGUAUCCUCAAGUAUGCCAACGAAGACUGAUAAGUAUACCUUACAACGGCACCUCUCCUAUGGAUCUAGCUAGGCAGCUGAAUAGCCUACCCUGCUCCCUGUGCAUAAAAAGGGAAGAUCCUAUAAACUUAUAUCAUCUCAUCAUGGAGUCGAGACAUUUUGUGACCUCCAUUUGGAACGCCGUGCAAUUCUGGAUAUGCUGUUGUGCUACGGUAACAGGUGUUCAAAUAGCGUGCAGUAUCGCUUUGAUACCGUCGCCGUUCACGACUGGUCAAGUACUUUGGUUGAUUUCGAUAGUUAUACCAAUACUUAGUGCCUCUCUGAUAGCCCUACCAGUCGAUGCAGACGUGAUGAAACGACCACUGGGUAAAAACGAUUUGGCGUUCAACUGGAAUAUAAUGUUUUUCAUCUCAUGGUGUUACGGACUUAAGUUUAUUCCGACAAUUUUGACUGUAUUGACCUCAUUUUGGGGCAUACUAACUAGUCACUGUCACAGUUUAUGUGAGAUGCGUAAUUGUACUUGUUUUCUACAUCAUACCCCCAUAAUCGGAAGUGAUGGUAAUGAGAGUAUAGGCUGGGCUGACCAGGAUUGGACUCUGAAUUCUGCGAGGUUAUUGAUAUUGUUGCUGAUUGUCACCCAUUUUGUUGCUAUAUCUAUCGGUUUUGUCCAUCGAGGUCAUCUGAUAAUUCAGAAAUUGCCACUUGGAAACAGAUUGUGGAUUGUUUGCGCAAUCGUCUUUGUUUUACUACAGAGUGUGUACACAGUUGUCUGUUAUCAUAUCCAUUCGAAUGGUGAAACCGAAUUCGAGUUGCCUGUGUGGAUAUUGGUGUUAGGCUUUAUUUCGCCUUUUGUUGUAUUGGUGAUUAAUGAAACGGUUAAGCAUCAAGAAAUAGGAGUGAAUACGAGAUUUCAGAAGAGAGCCCGUUUGGAUUUUGGUACAAAAUUAGGCAUGAACUCGCCAUUUUAACUUCUUAUACCAAAGUGAAAAAGACGCUUUGUUUUCAUCCUAUUUUUCAAAAAUACUAUGUUUGCUCUCUUUUACGGAAAAUUCAGGACUGAUGAACUGGUUUUAUAUUUUGAAGUAAGUAUUUAGGUGCAGUAUUUUUAGCUUUAGAUACUGAAUAUUUAUCGAUGCUCAUUUCGACUAACAGCAGCCCUGUGUUUUUAAUAAGUCUGAUUUAUUAACGUUAGAAUGUGAAAUUGUGAUAGUCUUCAUGUUGAAGAUGUGAAUCAAUCAAAUUGCAUACAGGUAUAAUUUUGUGUUCAUCUAUCUCAGAGAUUUCAGGCUGUAUACAAGAAUGUACUUAUUUGUAUUGAUUUUGCUUGAGUAUUGGAAUGUUAUACUUUUUAUUGUUUGAUAUCUAUUUUUAAUGGAAGUGAACGGUGUGAGAUCAUGCUGUUGAUUUGUAUUAAAUAUAUUUUUUAUAUAUA